AUGACAAAGAAAUCAUUUGUGAGCAGUCCUAUUGUUAGGGACUCGACAUUAUUGGUCCCAAAGUCAUUAAUAGCAAAGCCGUACGUAUUACCGUUUUUCCCGUUAUACGCUACCUUUGCUCAAUUAUAUUUCCAGCAAUAUGAUCGUUACAUCAAAGGACCUGAGUGGACUUUUGUCUAUUUGGGGACAUUGGUCUCCUUGAAUAUCCUGGUCAUGCUGAUGCCUGCUUGGAAUGUCAAGAUCAAGGCGAAAUUCAACUACAGUACAACCAAAAAUGUCAAUGAAGCUACGCACAUUCUCAUCUACACCACACCAAAUAAUGGUUCUGAUGGCAUUGUUGAAAUCCAGAGAGUUACUGAAGCGGGCUCUUUGCAGACCUUUUUCCAAUUUCAAAAGAAAAGAUUCUUGUGGCACGAAAGUGAGCAGGUAUUUUCUUCACCAAAGUUCCUGGUUGAUGAAUCGCCAAGGAUUGGUGAUUUCCAAAAAUGCAAGGGCCAUUCCGGUGACUUAACUCAUUUGAAGAGACUAUAUGGUGAGAAUAGUUUUGAUAUUCCCAUUCCGACAUUCAUGGAGUUGUUCAAAGAGCACGCUGUUGCACCAUUGUUCGUUUUCCAAGUCUUUUGUGUUGCAUUAUGGUUAUUGGAUGAGUUCUGGUAUUAUUCUUUGUUUAACUUAUUCAUGAUUAUCUCCAUGGAAGCAGCUGCAGUAUUCCAAAGAUUGACUGCGUUAAAGGAAUUUAGAACUAUGGGUAUCAAACCUUAUACCAUGAACGUGUUUAGAAACAAAAAAUGGGUAGCAUUGCAAACGAACGAAUUGUUACCUAUGGACUUAGUGUCUAUAACAAGAACCGCGGAAGACAGUGCAAUUCCUUGUGAUUUGAUCUUGCUCGAUGGCUCCUGUAUUGUUAAUGAAGCAAUGCUUUCGGGUGAAUCUACUCCGUUGUUAAAGGAAUCCAUUAAAUUACGCCCUAGCGAAGAUAAUUUACAGCUGGACGGUGUUGACAAGAUUGCCGUGUUACACGGUGGUACAAAGGCUUUACAAGUAACGCCUCCUGAACAUAAAUCGGAUAUUCCACCUCCACCUGAUGGAGGUGCCCUAGCCAUUGUUACCAAGACUGGAUUUGAAACAUCUCAAGGUUCUUUAGUGCGUGUUAUGAUUUACUCUGCUGAACGUGUUUCUGUCGAUAAUAAGGAAGCGUUGAUGUUCAUUCUCUUCUUGUUAAUUUUCGCUGUCAUCGCAUCCUGGUACGUUUGGGUUGAAGGUACAAAAAUGGGUAGAAUUCAAUCCAAAUUGAUCUUGGACUGUAUUUUAAUUAUUACAUCUGUUGUUCCUCCUGAGUUGCCAAUGGAAUUGACCAUGGCUGUCAACAGUUCUCUGGCUGCCCUUGCCAAGUUCUAUGUCUAUUGUACAGAGCCAUUUAGAAUUCCAUUUGCUGGAAGAAUCGAUGUUUGUUGUUUUGACAAAACUGGUACUUUGACCGGUGAAGAUCUUGUGUUCGAAGGUCUAGCUGGUAUCUCUGCUGACUCCGAAAAUAUUCGCCACUUGUACAGUGCUGCAGAAGCACCAGAAAGUACAAUUCUUGUCAUCGGUGCCGCUCAUGCUUUAGUUAAAUUGGAUGAUGGUGAUAUUGUUGGUGAUCCAAUGGAAAAGGCGACCUUGAAGGCCGUUGGUUGGGCUGUCGAAAAGAAAAACAGUAACUAUAGGGAGGGUACUGGAAAAUUGGAUAUUAUCCGUAGAUUUCAAUUUUCUUCCGCCUUAAAAAGGUCUGCUUCUAUUGCCUCUCACAAUGAUACCUUGUUCGCUGCUGUAAAAGGUGCACCUGAAACGAUUCGUGAAAGACUUUCCGAUAUUCCCAAGAAUUAUGACGAGAUCUAUAAAUCCUUCACACGUUCUGGUUCAAGAGUUUUGGCUUUGGCUUCUAAGCAGUUGCCAAAAAUGCCCCACUCUAAAAUUGAUGACCUAAACCGUGAUGACAUUGAAUCUGAAUUAACUUUCAAUGGGUUUUUGAUUUUCCACUGUCCUCUGAAGGAUGACGCUAUUGAAACUAUCAAAAUGUUAAAUGAAUCCUCCCAUCGUUCCAUUAUGAUUACUGGUGAUAACCCAUUAACUGCUGUUCAUGUGGCUAAGGAAGUUGGAAUUGUUUUCGGCGAAACUUUAAUCCUGGAUAGAGCGGGUAAAUCUGAUGAUAAUCAACUGCUGUUCCGUGAUGUUGAAGAGACGAUUUCUAUUCCAUUUGAUCCAUCAAAAGACACUUUUGAUCAUUCUCAAAUAUUUGAUAGAUAUGAUAUUGCUGUUACUGGUUAUGCUCUGAAUGCCUUAGAGGGACAUUCUCAAUUAAGGGAUCUAUUGCGUCACACCUGGGUAUAUGCACGUGUUUCACCAUCCCAAAAGGAGUUCUUGUUGAAUACACUAAAGGACAUGGGGUAUCAAACUUUAAUGUGCGGUGAUGGUACUAAUGAUGUUGGUGCUUUGAAACAAGCUCAUGUUGGUAUUGCAUUGUUAAAUGGUACUGAAGAAGGAUUGAAAAAAUUGGGCGAACAACGCAGAUUGGAAGGUAUGAAAAUGAUGUAUAUGAAGCAAACUGAAUUCAUGGCUAGAUGGAAUCAACCACAGCCACCUGUUCCUGAACCAAUUGCACAUUUAUUCCCACCUGGCCCAAAAAACCCUCAUUAUCUGAAAGCCUUAGAAAGUAAAGGUACUAUCAUCACGCCAGAAAUCAGAAAAGCAGUUGAAGAAGCAAAUUCCAAACCUGUCGAAGUCAUCAAACCAAAUGGACUCUCUGAAAAGAAACCUGCUGACUUAGCUUCUAUGUUGUUAAAUUCUGCUGGUGAUGCUCAAGGUGAUGAAGCACCAGCAUUAAAGUUAGGAGAUGCAUCUUGCGCUGCUCCUUUUACUUCUAAACUUGCCAAUGUCUCUGCAGUUACUAACAUCAUACGUCAAGGCCGUUGUGCUUUGGUAAACACAAUUCAAAUGUACAAGAUUUUGGCUUUGAAUUGUUUAAUCAGUGCUUACUCUUUGUCUAUCAUUUACAUGGCCGGUGUCAAAUUUGGUGAUGGUCAGGCCACUGUCUCUGGUUUGUUAUUAUCUGUUUGUUUCUUGAGCAUUUCCCGUGGUAAGCCUUUAGAAAAACUAUCCAAGCAAAGGCCACAAUCCGGAAUUUUUAAUGUUUACAUUAUGGGAUCCAUUUUGUCUCAAUUUGCCGUUCACAUUGCUACUUUAAUUUACAUCACAACAGAGAUUUAUAAAUUGGAACCUAGAGAGCCACAAGUUGACCUUGAAAAGGAAUUUGCUCCAUCAUUAUUAAAUACGGGUAUUUUCAUUAUUCAAUUGGUGCAACAAGUCUCUACAUUUGCCGUUAACUAUCAAGGUGAGCCAUUUAGAGAAAACAUUAGAAGCAACAAAGGUAUGUAUUAUGGUUUAUUGGGUGUGACAGGUUUGGCACUUGCAAGCGCUACUGAAUUUUUCCCUGAGCUAAACGAAGCUAUGAAGUUUGUUCCAAUGGCUGACGACUUUAAGAUUAAGUUGACUCUAACAUUGCUGCUCGAUUUCUUUGGUAGCUGGGGUGUCGAGCAUUUUUUCAAGUUUUUCUUCAUGGAUGACAAACCAUCUGACAUUUCUGUCCAACAGGUCAAGAUUGCCCUUAAAUGA